AUUCACACGCAGAAAUGUCUAUUGAUCGUGCACGUGCUGGAACUAUCGAGAGGAGACAGCGUCUCCAUGACCUUGUCGACUUGCGGGAGGAGCUGAGAGAUCUUCAAGCUAACUUGGAACACGAAGAACUACGGUUUGCGGAUGCCGUAAAAGAAAGAUCCUCCAUUAUGAACAAAAACGACCAGGAAGAUUCAGAGGACGAGGAUCAUUUUUUGGAAAGCUUGCGGCUAACUGAAGAAAAUAUUCACUCCCAUCGUCAGAAGAUUCUGGAAAUCCAAGGGAAGAUAAUCGACAAAAAGGAGAGCAUUUUAAGCCUUGAGAUUCUAGUGAAGCUUCACGAAAAUGAUAAAUAAUUAUCGGGUUUUUUUUCGUUCUUGAUUUUUCGCACCUAAAAUUAAAUUGUUGGUUUUUUGUCCUCGCUAGAAAUAAAACAAAAAAUCCAA